AUGCGUUUGCCAGAGAAGGUGUUCGCAGAAAAUGCCACAGAACUGAGCGUCAGCGAGUACGGUUACCUCGAAGUUGAUGAUCUGCAGUCGAGGUUUGCACCUGGAAUUGUCCGCAGCCUCGACGAGAUCGCAGACGACAACCUGGACGUCUCGGAUCCCCUGUUCCACCUCAUCAACAAGAGAGGCAGCUACAACACCACGGAUCUGAACAACAUCUAG